AAAUGUCAAGCAGUACUUGUCGGUCAUGUGACGCCUACGGAAGUUCACGACCUCCAAAUUCCAGCUUCAAACACAGAGACGGAUGCCGGGAGUAUAACUGUCAGUGCGAAUGUAACGGUUCAUGGUCUUGUCCUUCAGAAAUGAUUAAAGAUAUCUGUAGGACGGACACAGAGUGCCGAACCUGCUGGGCUGGCAAUGCGGAACGCGAUACUAACCGUCCCUUCACGUUUACAGAAGACUGUUAUAAAUAUAGUUGCUUCUGCGCAUGUGACGGAAGUUGGGAUUGUCCAAAGAAUAAAACCAUAGAUGUUUGUAACACUGAUCCAGAUACAGGAUGCUACUAUUGUUCUGUUGGGGACGGAAGGCAUAAAGGUGGCACGCGCUUCAAGCACGUGAAUGGAUGCAUCGAAUACGAAUGCACGUGCAGCUGUGAUGGAAGCUGGAACUGUCCUGGAGAACUUGCUAAGGAUAAGUGUCGCACGAACCCAAAGACCGGAUGUUACUAUUGUGAAGUUAACGGUGACCGUUACGAGGGCAACACGUACUUUAAAUACACAAACGGAUGUAUUGAAUACAACUGUGCUUGUAAUUGUGACGGGAGUUGGAAUUGCCCUGGUGAAAGAGCACGUGACUUAUGCAGACAAAAUUCCACUUCAGGUUGUUAUUACUGUGAAAUCGAUAACUAUUUAUAUCAAGGGAAUUCUCAAUUUGAUUUGGUGCAGAACUGUUACAAGUAUCCCGGAUGUACAUGCGCGUGCGACGGCGGAUGGACAUGCGCACACACCAUAGGACAGUACGUCUGUGAUGAUCGAGGGAAUGAACGCACUAGUUGUAACACAUGUAUCGUAGAUGGAACAGAAUAUCGUGGUAACUCCAUGUUUUCUCUCGAUAGGGAAUGCGUGAAAUAUAUCUGUAACUGCGAUUGUAACGGAAGACUUCACUGUCCGUCCGGAAAUGCACGGAGAACUUGUGAAAAUGGCAACAGCGGUUACUUUGCUAGCAUUCAAACAGGUGAAAGGACCGACCAUGCACAUACACGGUCUCCGAGGCAAGUUAGCGUUGAUACAGGGUGCUCAAAGUGUUACAUCUCUAACACAGAGGUGUAUGAUGCUGGGGACCAGUUCACGUUGGACAGUGACUGCAAUAGGUUUCAAUGUUACUGUAAGUGUGACGGAUCGUACGACUGUCCUUCCCAGUACACAACUAACAUCUGCAAGAGGACCGGUUCGGGAUCAUCUCGAGGGUCGUCAUCAAGUAGUUCUUCCUCGAGUAGCGGAGGAGUAUCCGGUGGCGGCGUAUCAGGUGGCGGUCUUACGGCAACUUCAUCAGGUUCCCGGGUAAAAGCUAUCAGUAGGGGAACACUUGUGGGUACAAACGUGGAUCAAGAUCUUGGCGUGAAUGUUUGUAGACAGUGCGAGUAUCUUGGUGUGACAUAUGAAGGAAACAAGGCAUUCACGUUCGAGAAAGGCUGCUUCCAGUAUAAUUGUUUCUGUGAAUGUAGCGGAAGCUUCAAUUGUCCGUCGGAGAGGUCGCAGUACAUAUGUGAAGGUCGGAAGGAAUGUAUUAGAUGUGAUCUCACAGACUAUGACGGCAGUUUCAAGAAACCCAACACGAAUUUCACGAUCCGUCGAGGAUGUGAUCUGUUUGAAAACUGCAGGUGUAAUUGCGACGGGGGAUGGCAAUGUGAGGACGGAGUUUACACAUGUGAUUUAAAAGCAGGAUGUGAAGUAGACGGUCUAAGGUACGCAGAUGGCGCUGUGUUUGAACUAACACGAGGCUGUGAUAAAUAUAAGGACUGCAUGUGUCAUGAAGAUGGUAGAUGGGAUUGCGCGGGAAAAGAUGUUGAAGAUCUAUGCGGCCAAUGCCGCAAGUGUAAGAUUGGGGACGAUUACUACGAGGGAGACACGACCUUUACAGCAAAUGUCAACUGUACGAGGUACACCCGAUGUACGUGUAACUGUGACGGAUCAUAUGAAUGUAGGGGUGGUAGAUACACUUGUGAUUCACGCGGAGACCAAACGCCCGAAUGUACUGACUGCAUUUUCGACGGCAGAAGAUAUAGACAAGGCCAAAGUUUUGAUCACACUUCCUCCAAUCGCGGUUGUACAAGGUAUAGAGGUUGUGAAUGUCGAUGUGGCGAGACUACGUGCAGAGAGGUAGAUGAAACCUGUGGUGAUUGUCGUUCUUGCAACCUAGACGGGAAAGAACAUCCAGGCGGAUCUAUAUUCAGUUAUACUCAAGGUUGUUACGAAUACAGUCGAUGUGAAUGUAAUUGCAAUGGUAAAUGGGAAUGUUUUGGUGACUCUGCAAAGGACAUCUGUAACGCUUGCAGGAAGUGUAAUGUUGACGGAACCAUCUAUGACCCUUACACCAAAUUUAAACUGGACCGUAAAUGUUGGAAUUAUCAAUGUUUCUGUCUUUGUAAUGGCACAGUGGUUUGUCCCAGCGAAACAGUGGUUAACACCUGUAACGAGCCGGAUCCCUGUCUGACAUGUGAAGUUGAAGGUCGCCAGGUGCGUGGCAAUAGCCACUUUAAUUUCAAGCUCAGUGGAAUGGACAUGUAUUGCCGAUGUAAUUGUGAUGGAAGUUACGUAUGUGUAGCCGAGUGGAUGUACAUAAAAGAGGAUGUUUCUAUUUCCGGUUCAGGAAUAGGGAGCGGCUUAGAACGCUGUUCCAGAUGUCUAAUUGAUGGGCGUUCUUAUAAGGGGGAUAGUAAAUUCUCAAUCGCACGUAACGGAUUUACUUUAGAUUGUGACUGUUUUUGUAAUGGUGGGUACUAUUGUAUAGGAAAAACAAGUUUUGAGUACAAAGGAUGUCGCCAAUGUUCUGCAUACGGUAAGUCUUUUCCUGGAGACUCAAGUUUUCCUUUGGUAUACAAUGGCCUUAAACUUUCCUGUGAGUGUGAAUGUGACGGCAGUUAUAUAUGCUACGGAGCUGAGCGUCAGGUUAUCAUUUCUUGUACAGGGGGAUCAGGAUGUCUGCCAAGAAACUGCGGACAGUGUAUAGUAGACGGCGUGCGGUUCAAUGGGCUCGAUCAGUUUGGCACUUUAUAUAGGGAACAAAAUCUGCGAUGCGAUUGUGGCUGUGAUGGGUCUUACUAUUGCGAAGGUUCUGGCGGACUUAUCAUAUCAUGUGUGGGAGGAAAAUGUGUAGAAUUAGGUUGCAGUUCAUGUGAAGUAUUUGGCGAUAGAAUAAAUGGAGGAUCCGCAUUCGACCUCCACUAUAAAGGAUUAAAACUAGGUUGCCAGUGCGAAUGCGGAGGAAAUUAUCAGUGCUAUGGCAGCAACAGGGAAAUAAUCGUCCAAUGUAUUGACGGAAACGGAUGUUUGACCGGAAGCUGUCGUUCAUGCGUUGUAAACAAUAGACGCUAUAAUGGAAAGUCUACAUUUAGAUAUGAUUACAAUGGUAUCGACAUGCUGUGCACUUGUGCUUGUGAUGGAAGCUACUUUUGUGAGGGCGUUACAGAGAUAAUACAGAUCUCGUGUAUAAAUGGACAAUGCACACGACUUGGAUGCGCAUCAUGUAACAUAUUUGGUCUAUCAUAUGACGGUGAUUCAACGUUUGAUAUUAUUCAUUCUGGCCUUAAAUUAAACUGUAAAUGCUCUUGUGACAGCGGGUAUGUCUGUUACGGUGGAUCGUCAACAGCUGUAGUCACAUGUAUUGGUGGACGUGGACGCGGUUGUUUGCCAUCAACAUGCAGUCCUUGUUUAGUAAACAAUAGGGAAUACGCUGGUAGAUCUACUUUCCGUUCAUCUUAUAAAGGUAUCGAUAUUAUGUGCACGUGCGGAUGCGACGGUUCAAGUUACUGUGUAGGCAUAACAACAAGUAUUGAAGUAACAUGCACAGGAAAUAAAUGCACGCGGAUUGGUUGCAAAGAAUGUAGUAUAUUUGGAAGAGAGUAUAUUGGUGGAUCACAGUUUGAUAUGAUAUAUCAAGGAAAGCCCGUCACGUGUGAGUGUGAUUGUGAUGGAGGAUACAUUUGUAAGGGAUCUACCGGAAUCACUAUCAUAACAUGCAUAAAUGGUUUUGGAUCAGGUUGUCUGAUAUCCAGAUGUAGCCAAUGUGAAGUAGAGGGACGUCGAUAUGAAGGCAAUUCAAAAUUUCAGAUAUUAUACCAAGGCAUUGACAUGGAAUGUACCUGUUCGUGUGAUUCGUCUUAUUACUGCCAAGGAAUCAGAGAAGAAAUAUAUCUUUCCUGUUAUGGUGGUAAAUGCUCAAAGCCAAUCGGGUGUAGGCAGUGUAGUAUAUUCGGACAGAAUUAUGACGGUGUAUCUCAAUUUGACCUUGUCUAUGCUGGUAUGCUAUUGAAUUGUCAGUGUGCAUGCGACGGAAGUUACUUUUGUAUUGGAGAAGAAAACACAAAAAUAAUACAGUGCAGAGACGGACGUGGAAAUUGUUUGGAUAGAACUUGUCUACCUUGCCAAAUGGGUGGACAGACUCUCUUGCCAAGAUCCACAGGUCGUGUGCAAUAUGAUGGUUUUGAUCUCAAUUGCAUGUGUGGCUGUGAUGGAUCCGUAUAUUGUACUGGUAUAGGUUCUAAGAUUAUAAUUACCUGCAUUGGCGGCAUCUGUACACCGUCAGGAUGUACAACAUGUCGAGUAUUUGGGAAAGAGUAUAGAGCGUUAUCGUCUUUUAACACUAUUUAUUCUGGAUACAAUCUGGACUGCCGAUGUGACUGCUCUGGUGGGUACUUUUGUGAAGGUGAAAUAAAUCUGGAUUGUAGAGACACCACACGGCAAGACUGUUUAAUUGGAACAUGUCAAAGUUGUUUACUUGACGGGAGACAACACAGAGGUAAUUCUGUUUUUAAACAUGUUUACAACGGUAUCGACGUUUCUUGCACGUGUGGUUGUGAUGGAAGCGUUUUUUGUCAGGGAGUAACAGAGGUAAUUGAAUUACGUUGCGUUUCUGGACAGUGCACUCCGCUGGGAUGUAGAAGCUGUCGGAUAUUUGAAAAGGAUUACAAACCAUUGUCUUCUUUUGAUAUCAUUUAUCAAGGUGUUAAAUUGGAUUGUAACUGUGCAUGUGAUUCUAGUUAUUUUUGUAUAGGUUCUACAGGAGAAAGGGUUAUUGAAUGCCUGCCCGGAAGAAAUUGUCUUACGGAUCCAUGUAGAAAGUGUGUUGUAAAUGGCAGACAAUACGAUGCAUAUUCUACGUUUCCACAUAAAUAUAGGAACAUCGAUAUGCAGUGUAGGUGUGGAUGUGAUGGCACAUCAUAUUGUGAAGGAACUGAAAUUGUGAUUUUCGUCUCUUGCAUCGGGGACACUUGCUCACAGAUUGGAUGCAAAAGUUGUAAUAUAUUUGGGAAUAAAUAUGAAGGAGAUACAUCCUUUGAUAUUGUAUAUAAGGGUGUAAAGCUAGAUUGUACAUGUGAUUGUGAUACGUCAUACAGAUGCAUCGGCAAAUCACCAGAAGAUAAUCUUAUCUGUCCUGCUGGCCAGUCAUGUGUGACACCAAAGUGUAAGAAAUGUCGUGUGAACAACACGAGAUACAUGGGUGGACAAACCUUCCAGAUUGACUACGAAGGUGUACGAUUAAAUUGCAUUUGUGGAUGUGAUGGCAGUUAUUACUGUAGAGGGAUAUCUAUUGAUAUAGAAUAUUCAUGCUUUAGGCGUGGUGGUUGUAAGCAGAUUGGUGGAUGUCGCUCAUGUAAUAUAUUUGGUAUUGAUUACCCGGGAGGAGCAACCACAGAGUUUGUAUAUCAGGGAUAUUUCAUGAAAUGUCAGUGCAAUUGUGAUUCAGGAUACAAAUGUCUAGGAACAAAGGGUGAAAUCAUUAUUGAAUGUGCGCCUGGUCGAGAUUGUGUGGACAAGACUUGUGGUACAUGCCGAAUUGACGGACGUGAACUUGCUGGAAAUUCUGAGUUUGAUUACUUAUACAAUGGUAAAGAUAUGCGCUGUACAUGUGGUUGCGAUGGAAGUUAUUAUUGUAGGUGCAAAGAUGAUAAUACAGAAAUAUCGUGCAACAGGCGUGGAUCUUGUACAUGGGUUGGAUGUAACACGUGUAUGUCUGACGGUAUACAGCGCCAGGCGUACGAAGAAUUCGAAAAAUACUACGACAAUAUUCGAAUGAAUUGUUUAUGUUCCUGUGACGGUAGUUAUCGUUGUCAAGGUGUUGAUAGAAGGAUUGUAAUUAUUUGCUCAGGUGAUGCCUGCAACUUGGAAGGAUGCCGGACAUGCUUACAUGACGGACGAGAAUACCAGCAAAAUGACGAGUUUGAAAUACAACGUGGGAGUGAAAGAAAACGUUGCACAUGCAAAUGUGAUGGAACCACAGACUGCACAACAGUUGUUCAACCAACUUGUCUUUCUUGCAAUAUUGACGGUGUAACAUACAAAGGUCACUCGAGACAAAGGGUUUACAGAGAUUCUGUCUCCUAUAUUUGCGACUGCUAUUGCAACGGUACAUCAAACUGCUAUCUCGAAAGAAGACCUUCCUGUAAAGAAUGCGUAAUCGGUGGACAGAGAUAUGACGGAAGAACUCAAUUUGAAACUGUACUCGAGGGAUCACGUAUGCAGUGUACUUGUGAUUGUAGUGGGAGUUUUGUAUGCAAAAGCGAUUACAAAACUUGUUCAUCCUCGUCUGGUUGUGUUGAUGUUUGCACUGAUUGUGUGAUAGACGGAAAGACUUACGACGGAAAUACCGAUUUUCAAGCAGAUGUUUUUGGAUCAAGAAUGCAGUGUAGCUGUGAUUGUCGUGGAGGAUUCACCUGUCGUGGAAACGGGCGGACUUGCACCGUUUCAGGCUGCGUUGAUAAUUGUAGACGGUGUAACAUUGACGGUCAAAGCUUCAAAGGAAAUACAAACUUUGAUGCAGAUGUUUUCGGCUUAAGAAUGAAAUGUGACUGUGACUGUACCGGAAGUUUUACAUGUCGCAGUGAUUAUCGGACUUGUACAAGUUCCGGUUGCGUAGAUAACUGCAGACGGUGCAACAUUGACGGGCAAAGCUUCCAAGGAAAUACAAACUUUAAUGCAAAUGUGUUUGGUUUAAGAAUGGAAUGCAAUUGUGACUGUACCGGAAGUUUUACAUGUCGCAGUGAUUACCGAACUUGCACAAGUUCUGGAUGCGUAGAUAAUUGUAGACGCUGUAACAUCGAUGGACGUAGUUUUGAAGGAAAUACAAAUUUUCAGGCUGACGUUUUUGGCCUUCGAAUGGAUUGUAAUUGUGACUGUACCGGAAGUUUCACCUGCCGUAGUGACACUCGAACAUGUACAAGUUCCGGUUGCGUAGAUAAUUGUAGACAGUGUAACAUUGAUGGACAGACUUUCAAGGGAAAUACCAAUUUCAAGGCCAAUGUUUUUGGUUUACGAAUGGACUGUAGUUGUGACUGUACGGGAAGUUUCAGUUGCCGUAGUGAGACUCGAACAUGUACAAGUUCCGGUUGUGUAGAUAAUUGCAGACGGUGUAACAUUGAUGGACAGACUUUCAAGGGAAAUACCAAUUUCAAGGCCAAUGUUUUUGGUUUACGAAUGGACUGUAGUUGUGACUGUACCGGAAGUUUCAGUUGCCGUAGUGAGACUCGCACGUGCACAAGUUCCGGUUGUGUUGAUAAUUGUAAACAAUGUUUGAUUGAUGGCCAAAGAUUUCAAAAUGAAAGAGGCUUUGUUGCAAAUGUGUUUGGAGACCGUAUGCAAUGUAGUUGCGAUUGUUCGGGAAGUUUCACAUGUAGCAGCAGCCGACAAACUUGUACUUCCGCUUAUGGUUGCAAAUCUUCAUGCCAGUCAUGUACAGUAAACGGACGGCGUCGUGAUGGAGAUUCAGAAUUUGAGGACAUACUUCAAGGAAUUCGUAUGAAGUGUUCAUGCGACUGUGCAGGCAGUUGGGUUUGCCGAGGCGGAACAUAUACCUGUAAUAGUUUCGGAUGUAAAAGUAGCUGCGAAGGUUGUGAAAUUGAAGGGAAACGUUAUGAUGGUAAUACAAGAUUUGAAAUUUUCCACCAAGCUUACGGAAUAACGAUGACAUGCGAAUGUCAAUGCGGAGGGUCGUACACAUGCAAAGGCACGAAGGAGAUUGAAUCUUGUGUUGGGUCCGGAUGUAAUGACGAUGGUUGUAAUGAUUGUGUGAUAAACCGCAUUAAAUAUAAAGGGAAUACACAAUUUGAAGCUAUGAUUGACGGAUUACGAAUGCAAUGUACUUGCUCAUGUAGUGGAGGCUAUCGUUGUACUGGAACUAGGACAGAGAAAGAAUGCUACGGUCCAGGCUGUACCGACAAUGCAUGUUUGAACUGUGUAAUAAGGGGACGAACAUAUGCAGGAAAUACUCAAUUUGACAUUGACGGUGAUGAUGGAGUCAGACUGAGGUGUAUGUGUGACUGUGACGGGCGGUACACAUGCAAAGGUGAAAAGUCUACAACAGUUUGUGUUGGCGCAGGUUGUGAAGGUAAUCCACAAUGUAAUUCGUGUAUUUAUGAGGGGAGAGAAUAUGCAGGUCGAAGUGUAUUUAAGACUGUUAAAAAUGGAGUGAACAUGGACUGCACGUGUGCGUGCACGGGAGAAGUGCGAUGUGAAGGUAAGCGGAUCAUAGAAUGUGAAGGACCAGAUUGUUUCACAGGAUGUAGAAGAUGUGUUAUUGACCAAGUCCCUUAUACUGGCAAUACGAGAUUUACUAUAAGAAAAGGUAAUGUUGAUUACUCGUGUGUUUGUUAUUGUGAUGGAUCUUACAGUUGUAAGGGUUCAACAGGUUUCGAAACUUCUUGCGUUGGCGAGAGUUGCGCAGCCGACCAGUGUAGGAAUUGCAUGCUGUUUGACAAGGAAUACCAGCUUGAUGCAAGGUUUAGACUUCAGAAAAAUGGCCUUAUAAUGAACUGUGUGUGUGAAUGUGAUGGCGCGUAUAGAUGUUUCAGUAUAUCUGGCACAUGUUUUGGUGAGGACUGUGACGUGUACGGAUGCAAAUCAUGUUCAGCUGAAGGUAAGGCCUUUGGCGCCAACACGCAGUUUGAACUGUCAACCGGACUUAUAUGUACCUGUCAGUGUAAUGGCGAGUAUACUUGCAGGUCAAAGUCACUUCAGAUUGACUGUAUCGGAGCAGACUGUGGUGUAGGGAGCGGCUGUCGGAAGUGCAGUAUUGAUGGUGACAUUUAUACAGGAAACAAACGGUUCCAAAUACGUAAAUAUGGUUUGCUUAUGCAUUGUGCGUGUAAUUGUGACUCAUCAUACACGUGUCGUGGAUACCAAAUUAUUUCUGACGGUGAGAGCUCCGUCGGAUCGGGUUGUAAUGCUUGUGAAAUAAAUGGUCGACGCUAUAACGGAAACACACGAUUUCAGGUAAUGAUUAACGGGGAACGCAGCGUUUGUUCAUGUGACUGUGACGGAACGUACACUUGUCAGGAUUCUGAAAGAGAAUGUCGUGAAUGUGUCAUCGGUUCACAAAAAUACGCAAGCAAUACAGAUUUUUCAUUGAUUCAAAAUGGUCAGAGUAUACGAUGUCGCUGUGAUUGUGGCGGUAAUUUUAUAUGUGAAGGUAAAGGAGGCGGGGCUUGCAGUGGAAACGAAUGCGGGUCAGAAAGAUGUAAUGUUUGCACAAUAUUUGGUGUCAGGUACAGGGGUAACUCUAGGUUUUCUACUGAAGUAAAUGGCAUGAAUAUGUUAUGUGAGUGUCUGUGCACUGGAGAAUAUUCAUGUCGAGGUUAUAGACAAAUUACCAAUGUUAUAUUACCAGCAAAGAAAGAAAAAAUUUGCGAAUCUUGCUACGUUGCUGGAACUGAACAUCCGGGCAAUUCGAGAUUCAAGAUUCAAAGAGGGUGCUUCCAGAUAGAAUGUGUUUGUGGUUGUAAUGGAAUGUGGGAAUGUCCGGACCAAAUACCGACCUACACAUGCCCCGGUGGAAGAUUUGAUUUUGAUUCAAAUGUUGUGACCAAACAGCGCUAUAGCAUUGCUGGUACUCAUGUGUAUACUAAAGGAACUACCAGUACAGAUUCGAAACAGUCUGUUAUUUAUACAGGGGAGGAAACAUCAUCGGUUGUGUUUGGUGAUGGUGUAUCAUGUCAGUCGUGCUUUAUAAACGAACGGGAGUACGACGGAAAUACUGAAUUUGUAUUACAAGAUGGCUGCCUUCGGUGGACAUGCGCAUGCGACUGUUCAGGCGGAUGGAACUGUUCCGCAGUCACAGGAAGUCAGUGUGAUGGACCGCUUUCUCCUUUUGAACAUAAACAAUGUAAGGUUUGUGAAGCAUAUGGAAAACGAUAUCCUCCAAAUAAAGAAUUUCAAGCUGAGGACGAAUGUUACAGAUAUACGUGCACGUGCAAUUGCGAUGGUUCAUGGGAAUGUCCGAGGGAAUUAACAGUACAAACUUGCAGCGAUACCUCGUCUGUGUAUGACCCAGAAAAGGGCACGUGUCGACAGUGUAUAAUAGGUCCCAAUAAGUAUAACUAUGGUGACACAUUUGACCUUAUUGAUAACUGUAUUAAUUAUAAAUGUUUGUGUCAAUGUGAUGGACAGUACAAAUGUCCUGCUUCAACUGGAGUUCGAGUAUGUCGAACAGGAUCAGGCACUCCAGGUCGACAAGUAACAACAGGAUCUAACACAGUUGCCCAAACAGGUCGAACAGUUGUUGCAAUCCGACCGUCUGGAUAUGGAACUAGAGGAACAUAUUCCAGCACAACGGGAACAAAAUAUUCAAGUAGCCAUUCCGGGACACAGACCGGACAAACUAACGAAAACAUGUAUAGAAUACAGACAAGUGAAUAUCAAUCACAAGAUAAUUCAGGAAGUUUGGCGUCCAUAUUAAGCGGAAGUCAGUGCAGGGAUUGUAUUUUUGAUGGAGAGGCAGUGAAAGGAGGGCGUGACUUCACAUAUCGUUCAGGAUGUAUAGAACACUUGUGCGACUGUUACUGCAAUGGUACCCAUUAUUGCGACCCGACUAAAGAGAUUGAUUUCUGCAAGCUAGAUAGGGCCAGGGCCAAAAAUACACAACCUAAAGGUUGUGCAAUAGGAAACCGUACAUACACAACGGCACUAUUUUCUUACGAAGCUAACUGUAAGAAGUACUACUGUCGCUGUUAUGACGAUGGAACUCACUAUUGUUACCCCAACAAGACAAAGACAGUUUGUUAGGAGUUGAAUGUUCUUUCCUGAGCAGAAGACAACCUGCAGACGACAUUUCUAUUUUCAUAGCAGACGAUAUUUACAUUAUAGCAUUUUAUCUUGUUUAUAACAUCAUUCGUUUUAUAUCAGCGUUUUUUUUUGUCUAAUUAGUACUUGCUAUGCCUUUGUCUGCAGGCGUGAUUUUUUCUUUGAUUUUAAGCAUUUGUUAAAAAUGCCAAAUAUGCCAUACUUAAGGCACGAUUGUUAUCCAAUUAAGACAAAAAAGGCAUGAAAAAUACGUGAAUAGUUUUAUAAAAGAAUUCUUAAUCAGGAAACUAACUGCAAACUAUACAAAAAUGUCAUCAACGUUGUUAUCAUUGUAUUCUAUAUUCAACUCUCAAAUGUUUUAAAUCUAACAUUGUUAUAUUUGAUGAUGAUGACGAUGACGAUGAUAAAUGUUAUUAAUAUAAUAAUUAUAAUAAUGAUGAUAAUCAACCGGCUAAGACUUUUGUGACAUUGCAAAAUAUAACUCUGCUCAAUGUACCAACAUAUUUACUGUAUUAUCGUAAAGAUGUUUUCUCACUUGUUUUCUUAUUAAUUUUUAGGUCAUUUGGUUUCUCUUGAAAACGUUUUUUUUUGUUGGAUUGGGGUGGGGGUGAUAGUUUAUUUCAUUUGAUAACUGGACUGUUCUUUAUUGUGAUGUGACGUGUACAUAGUAGAACUAUGUUACUUUAUUUGGACAGAAAGUAUUAAAAAUUUGUUGUAUAUGCAUCUUUAACUGUACUCCUAUU